AUGGCGGACAACUUGCGGAGGGCAAUCCAAGACAUUAACUUGGGUGUCGAUGAUGAACCUAUUCUUUUACCGGUGGAAGCGUGUCAAGCGGCGGCGAGAGUUAACCAAUACUCCCUGAUUGGACGUGCCUUGAUUCCGAGGAAGCAAAACAUCCGGACGAUUGUCGCAACUUUUCCCCGUCUUUGGGGUUUGUCCGGAAUCAUCUCUGGCAGAGUGGUGGAGCGCAGGCGAUUCCAAUUUGUGUUCCCGUCGGAGGAGUUGAUGCAGUCAAUCCUUAACCGUGGUCCUUGGGCGUUUAACGACCGUAUGCUGAUUAUCCAAAGGUGGACACCGGAUCAGACAGAAAUGGAUCUCAAUUGCAUUCCUUUCUGGGUCCAAAUCCGUGGGAUCCCUCUCCAAUUCCUUUCCACGACGGUUAUCAGACACAUAGCAGAUCGUUUGGGACAUGUCAUUGCGGUGGAUUUCAACCCAGAAGCAGCGGCGGCGGUGGAAUUUGUGCGAGUUAAAAUUAACUGGAAUGUUGAUUCUCCUCUGAAGUUCCAGAAGAAUUUUCAGUUCACGCCUGGUGUCAACACCCUUCUACGUUUUCAAUACGAGCGGUUAAGGGGGUUUUGUGAUAUCUGUGGCUUGUUAACACAUGAUUCCGGCGCUUGUGUUCUUCAAGCACCUAAUGAAAAUGCUCCGGAUGGGCCACCAGGGGAUGAUAAUAAUGAUGAUGACAUGAAUGAAGAUUUUCAGGAGAAUGCACAUGGUGACCAGGAACAACCUCACGAGGAUAAUGAAGCAAAUGAUGUGGCGAUGGAUGGAUAA